ACAUCAAUGAAAAUUAGGAUUACUACAAUGUGAUACAGAAGUAAAAAUACUUUGGCAAUGACUGAAUACAGGGAAUCCAAAUUUCAACACCGCGGUGCGAGGCCCAGAAGAGUUCAUAAGCAAGGCUCUCAAUUAGUAAUCAAUACACAGCGUCUCAGUUUGAAAAAUCAAAGUCAGAAAAAAUCCUACAAUCGACCUAUUGAUGACGAAGAAAUGAGCAAAAUUUGCAACAAACUAUCAGGAAUGGGAGUUGAGAAAAGAUGGAAUCCGACUGGAACCUUCGGAUCGAAAUUUCGUCCUGAGCGUGAUUUGGCCGUAGAGGAGGUGGGACAAAUGAGAAAUUUGGACUCAGACGAGACGGGACGAAUGAAGAAGCAUUUUACAACAAAACUGCAAUGCAUUACAGCCAUGGCGCACUACGAAUCUUACUCGUUGGAAGAAUUACGUUUACUUGAUUUCCUGGCAACUAGCAAAAUGAGAGACGAAAAUGACGAAGAAAAAAUAAAAUAUUUAAGGAAAAUUGGUCGAGAAAGUCAUCGAUUUGAAUCGCCAAAAUUCAUGCAAAAAGAAUGCAAGCUGAAGUGUGCUUGGACAUGCCCUGGUACUGGAACAGUUGACUUCGUUCCUGUGAGAGGAUCAGAGAGUCUGGAUGACGACAACAGUGGAAUGAUACAGGAUGUAACAACAAAACAUCAAAUCAUUACUGCAAUGGAACAAUACAGCAAUAAAUCAUUGGAAGAGUUGAGACUUGAAGAUUACUUACUUGGAUUGGAUCGUAAGAAUGUUUUAGUUUCUGAUGACGAAGAAACUGGUGAUUUUCCCGAAAGAGAUUUUUCAGGCGAAUCAUACAGAGCAGGCGAAGAAGAACUCAAAGAUAUCAGUAUACGGUAUGACGAUGAAGUUUAUGCGUUCGUCAAGCGUGAUGGAAAUAAGAUUCAAGCAAAAGGAAGAGUUAAAUUUAUUGGUCAUUCUCCAACGCAAGUGUUUGGCGAACUUCAUGUUGGCAUGGAACUGGAAAAAAAUGUCGGAGAGAGUGAUGGAAGUUUUGACGAAAUCCGUUUAUUUAAAACUCUUCCAUAUCACGCAAUUAUCGUUCCUCUGCGUAAAGCGAUUCCGGCUAAAGAAUUUAACGAAAUAAUGGGCUCUGAUGACGAGAUGGAGGACAACAAUUCUCAACAAAUUGCAGUCAUUCCACACACCUGGGCAAGAAUGAGUGCCAGGGAUGCAUAUAAGAAAGUGAUUCUGAACACAAGAUCUCAUGAAUACAGAGUAACUGCUCAUAAAUUUAUCUCUAGCGGAGGAAGUAAAAAGAUUGUGCAGAUCGAGCGUAUUCAAAAUGAAAAUUUAUACCACCAAUACAUGGCAAAGAAAUCAGAAGUAGCAAAGAAAAUGAUUUCCAGUGGGAGACAAGUUGAAAGGAAAUUAUUUCACGGAACCGAUGAAGAUGAGAAGAUAAUGCUACAUGGAUUUGACAGAAGUUUCGCCGGCAAAAAUGCUACUGUAUUCGGACGGGGAGUAUACUUUGCAACCACUGCUCAAUAUUCGGACAACUACGCCCUACCAAAUCAGCUUGGGCACCGAAGAGUAUUUCUCGCAGAUGUAAUUACGGGGAACUAUUGUCAGGGCAACAGUUCUUUGAUUACUCCGCCAAUGAGAAAGAGUGGAAUUAAAAAUGACUUAUACGACAGUGUUGUAAACAACGAGCAAUCUCCUACUAUUUUCGUGAUUUUCAAAGAUGCUAGUGCUUAUCCAACACACUUGAUUACAUAUUCAUCUUAAUUUGCAAAUCUAAAAAUGAUCAACAAGAAAACAAAGGACAAACACAUGUAAACAAAAACCGUCGUUGAAGACGAUUUUGCUAAAAUCAGUUCACGGAAAAUCCGCGUUGGCGCAAUUUCAAAUUCUGCUCAAUUCGUCACAUAAGUUUGACAAUAGGAAAACGAUUUAGGAAAUCGUCCCAGAGGCCUAUCUGUGUCUAAUGAUGCCUAUUUAUCCUUCCCUUCCCAGCAAAAAUCAAUGUCAAAGAGUUGUCGUCAAAUUACAUCGCAUUCAUCAAAACAGUGAUCUCUUACACAUUAAAGUCCGAAGAUUGCCCAUAUUUUCAGCACGUUCUCGGCAGUGGCGUAUCUACAUAAAAUUGCGCCCAUGGCAAAAUUUGAAAAUGCGCCCCCCUUGAUAGUUAGUUCACAAUUUAUAAUGACUCUCAUGGGAAUGAGUUAAUUGUACGUUAUUAUUUGAGUAAAACUACAAGUUUCAGGUAUUACCAAUUCGAAAUUAUUUUAUUGAAACAUUUAACGAUUGAAAUAUUUCUCCUUUUUUGCGCCCCUGUCCAAACGGCGCACAUGGCACGAGCCAUGGCUGCCACACCCUAGAUACGCCACUGGUUCUCGGCGAGUUAGUUGCACCUGGUUUUUAAAAAUAUCGAUCUUAAAUCGGAGUCGCAAAUGUGAAUGUUGUUACCGAACUUUUUCGUCAAAUUUCAUCCUUUGCGUCUUCCAAAUCUCUUUAUUCCUCUCUGACUUUUUUUCUAUCGUCAACGGACUCCUGUGCUAUAGUUACGCGUAUCUCACACUCUGGCUUUUUUGUAGAGUUUGAGUAGUUUAUAAUGUAUACAUACAUAAGUAUUAUCAUCACUAUAAUACAUUAUUCAGAAUAAGGACCUAUAAAUAAUAGUAACACUACAGCAAGCACAAACCAAAACUAAGUUCACAAGAACAAAAAAAAUCCUAUAUGAGGAAGAAACAUUCCGUGAAUGGGAAAAGUGGUUUAGCUUAUACAUUGACGAACGAAUUUAGUCGCAUAUAACUGUCAAGGUUUGAUAACAGCGGGUUCACAACCAUGCAAAAAUGUGGGAAGUAAAUGCGCAAUGUCAGCAGAAUUUAUAUCGUUUUACUCCGCAGUUGGAUUUUUUUUAAGUAAUAAUGACGAAGCAACAAAAAAAAAUCGAUGAAUUAAAGUACAAUUUAUCUGACAAUUUGUUAUAUUGAUUCAGAUUUUCAAUAAUUCAUCACGAUUAUAAACAUUGAAAUUAUGGCUUUUUUCCUGUUUGAACUCUUAUAUGGUAAUUCAAAGUACUGAGCCACACAAAACAUUUGCCACAUAUGUCACAAAUGUAUGGAUUUUCUCCGGUAUGGAUUCUCACAUGCACAUUCAAUUUACAAAAUUCGAGUCGCAAACUAACAAAACUAUUCUCAAAAUUGUUAUGUAAAGUGGAAUAUAACAAGACUUUCGUUGUGAUAUAUCAGCGAGACAUCCAUAAUCUUGUGGAUUGAUUGAGUAUCUAAAUAGUUCGCCCAAAAACAUUCAAAAUUUUAAAAAUGUUGUUCCAAGAUAUGCAAAUAUAUUUUUCUUUUUUUACCACUGUUAAACUACAUUGUACCUGUAUCAGAAUCUAAAUUUUUACCCAAAAUUCCAUUAAAAAAGGAAUUGCAGUUUUAUAAACAGUAAUUUAUUUUGCAGUACUAACAUCACAUGCAGGAAUGGUAGUAAAUACAAAUUUUUUAUUUGAAUGCCUUUCUGUAUAAGUGCUAAUAUUAGGUGUGAUGUACAUAAUUGUAUUUAUUGUCAAUAAAAAUAUUUUAUUUUUUAUAUUCUAUACCACCGGUCUUCAACCAGUUGGCCAUGGCCCACUGCUUGAUGACCAGAGAAACAUUUUCAGGUGGUCCACAAAUUUAUUAUUGUUAGACCUAUUGAUAAAUUAGUUAAAUUUAUUUGUAUUAGAAAUGAAUGCUGUUGUUUGCUACCAAAUGGUAAUUUUAAUUAUUAAAGUGAAAGUGCCAAUCUUUGCUUUUUUUCUUGUACUUUUUCCUUGCAUAUGAAAAUUGAGGGCCACAAUUUUUCUGUGCAACGAAAGUGGGCCACAAAAGAAAAAAGCUUGAGAACCACUGUGAUCUAUACUACAUUGUUUUAAAAAAGUUACGCAAAACUAAGGUGACAUUUUUCGUCAUGGCAACGUUAAAAGAAGUAAUUGUUAAAAAGCGUUAGUCGUAAAAUGUUUAAAUGGCAUUUCACCGUAACUCAAUACUGUUAAAAGGUGUCAGUCGUUAAUGUUUUAAGUAACAUUUAAUCUUAAAUUCUGUUAAUUUUGUGUUACUUUUUUAACACCCGGUAUGUAAAACAAUUUUUAUGUGGUGUUGCAAACAUAAAAGCAUUCACCGAGAGAAUAGUUUAUGGAAAAAAAGGCUUUCCAUCGGAGCUGUUGAGCAAUUUCUUGUAAUUAUGUAUAUAUUCAAAUAUUUAAUACCUGCGAAGAAAAAUUAAAAUUAUACACCGUUACUGUACAAAAAUCCGAGGCAACGAAAAAUAGUUAUGUUUUUGGUACAGUACAGGGUCGACAUACAUUUGAAUAUUUUUUGGUUGUUUUUCAGAAAAUUAUGCUCAAAGCAAAGUCGCGUGCCCUCUUUCGGGAGGAUGAUCCUAUCUGAGAAAAGUUACGGCCGACUAAAGUUGACUGACUAUAUAGCUAUAAUAUACAGGGUGUUUCUAAAGUCCUGUAUUAAAUUAGGUAAAAUAACUUUGAUGUGUUUCGUGCAACGAAUGGUGGGUAUAUACAGGGAGUCCAUAAAGUCCCUUUAUAACUUCAAUUUUGUUAUGAAGUCAGUUCUCAAUAUAUGUUAAGCAAGUUUGAUGUUUUUUAAUCAGUAAUUGUUGAAGUAUUUGUACUAUAUUUAAUACAUCUGUGAGGGCCAAAACAAUUCAUGGUAUCGUUAAAUUCCAGUUGGCGUUUUAAUAAAUUUGAAGACGGUAUGGACAACCUUUAUAUAUCGUUUUUUUUUUAAAUUCACCGAAUUAAAUAAAACAAACCUGGCUAAUUAAGAUAUGUUGAGAACUGACUUCCUAACAAAUUUUUGAUAUUGUAACAUGUUUUCAUUAACACUCUAUAUAGGUGACCGUACAUUUGAACCCACGUACAUAUGAACCCAUGUGUAUAUCCGCGGGUUCAAUCUAUAUGCGGGUGCUAAAAACCCAUGGUUUAGGGUUAGUAUGGGUUCAAAUAUCCGUAAAACAAAAAAAAUUCCAUAGGUGCAAUAGUAUGCAGGUACAAUUGUCGUGGGUUCAAAUGUAAUGGAACCAAUCCUAUUAACUGCGAAUAUUAUAUCAAUUUUGUCGUAUGCUCAUUUGAAAAAUAUUUAACUGUCGUGACUCCACCUCCAUCCAAGCAAGUAUAACUUCAACUAAUUUGCAUAUCACGACUAAUUUGCAUAUUACCUUUUAGCGGAUGCAAAUAUCGUAAAGUACAAUAGCUUUUACCUCAUGCUUCAUUUAUUCACCACCCGCGUUUCUCAUGCAAAUGUACAUUUAUCGAUUUUGUAGAAUAGUUUAUUCAAUAAAGUAAGAUCAGCUUUG